AUGACCGGGGCCGAGGAGCUGGCGGGGCCGAGCGGCCCGGGGCUCGGUGGCGGGGGUGGUGGAGGAAAGAAAAGAAAGAAAGAAAUGUCUUCUAAGUCGAGGAAAAGGCUAAAAAGCGAGGCCAGACCUCCAGGGGUGACAGGAAAGCCCCAGGGACAAGACAGUGAAGAAGAGGGCAUGUUCCAGAUUGGGAAGAUGCAAAACGUCCGAGUGUCCUGCUUCAAGGGGAAGGUCCUCGUGGACGUCAGGGAGUUCUGUGUGGACAAGGAGGGACACAUGAAGCUGGGGAGGAAAGGGAUUGCCCUGUCUGCAGCCCAGUGGAACCAGCUGAAGAAAAUCAUCUCUGAUAUUGAUGCUGCUGUCAAGAUAUUCUAAGAUGAAGAAUGUUGGACACCUUCAAUCAGUUUCUUACCCUUUGAAUGCACUGAGAAUCCUAGGGCCAAGAAUUCCUACCUGGAGCUUUUCCCUCACCUGGCUGGGGUUCGUCAUUGAGGUCGUGGUAACACUGGAAAGGCUAGAGACUCUUCUUAUUUUCAAGAAGUAGCUCGUAAUGAGCAGGUGAAACUAGAGCCAGUGCUUUGAAGUAAGACUAAAACACUUCUGCUCUCAAGCAGCCUUGAGGUCUGUGCUAGUGAGGGAACCAUGAUGCCAGCCUGGCUUUCCAGGGGUGGAUGGCUGGCAGUCUACCCUGUGGAGUGCUUUGACUGCUCCGCAUCUGUUACUGUCUUCCACUUGGUUGGGUGUUGAGAAAGAUGGCUUUUGUAUACGUCAUGUUGGCAUCUUCUGUGUUUCUUCCACAUGCCAUUUUGGCUAUUCCAAGUACUUUCUUUGUUUGUGGGACACUUUUUUUUUUGAGUGAAGAAGGGUGUUGUUAUUCUUCAGCAACUGGUUUGUUCGUAGAGGGUGAAUAUGCACAAUAAAUGUGUUUGCGUUAUAAGAA